AAGUUCCAAAUGAGCGGCAGAAAGCAGCUGUUCUCCCAGAGGAGACAUCCUAACCUCCCGUGGGCUCGUCGGCUCUUCUCGGGGACCAAUCAGGCUUCAGCUGACACUCAGCGUCCAGGAUUCAGGUCUGGCUGCCACGAGAGCUGACGGGAGAAGGGUUCAAGCGCGCGCUGGACUGCUGGGAGCGCACCCAGCUGGGAACUUUUUAUAUUCCUGUCCCUCAGACGCACGAGCGGGAUGUUUACCGCGAAAAUCGCGAGAGCUUGAGUCGCCGUUAUUCAGUUUAGUCAACUUUAAGAACCAGAUCGUCCGGGUUGCUCCUGUGAGCGCGGACGCAGCAGCUCCAGAGGAGGAGGAGGAGGAAGAGGAGGCUGGAUGAAGCAGGAGACGGGUCACUGAGCUGCAGCGAGCCCGGUGCCAGGUCCCCUUUCCGAAACUCUCCCAAAUGUCACCGGACAGGAUGAUGAUCAUCGGACUUCUGCUCAAUGUCUUCUCUCAGGGUAGCUUGUCGGUAUCUGCAUCGUUAGACUGUCUGCUGGCGGAGCAAGGCUGCAUCAAGGAGCCGUCCUGCAUGGGCAUCUAUCGGCUGCUGGAGUACUGCGCAGCGGAGGAGGCUGUGGCGCCCCUCAGCUCUGAUGCUCGCCUCGAGUGCCUGGAGGCCCAGAACUCGCUGCAGCACUAUCGCCCCCUUCAAGUGUGCAAGUGUCAGCGUGGCUCUCGCAGGGAGGAACACUGCCUGAAGGUUUACUGGACUGUCAGAUUCGCAGCAUAUGAUGAGUAUGAAGUGUCCCCAUAUGAGGAACUGAAGUUAAAUCUGGUGAGAAACAUAGAAAUGUCCCGCAUGGCGUCCAUCAUGGCAGCCACCUCUCUUAGUGUGGAUGGUCAGAACCAGUGUCUGAAGGCAGCUCAGGACUGUGGUCUGUAUGAGAAAUGUGGCUCGCUUCGGUCAGAAUAUGUUGUGGCCUGCACCAAGCGCGCAACAGCCACUGACAACAGCUGCAACCGUCAGAAAUGCCACAAAGCCCUUCGGCGCUUCCUGGAGCGCGUACCAGAAGAGUACAGCUUUGCUUUGCUCUUCUGUCCCUGCUCUGACACCCUGUGUGGCGAACGGCGAAGGAAAACCAUUGUGCCAUCAUGUUCCUAUGAGGAGAACUUGAGAGGAGAGGAAAGAGCGGGCAAACCCAACUGCCUCAGCCUACAGAACUACUGCUCCAGAGAUGAGCUGUGUAGAUCCCGGCUCGCUGAUUUCCAACACAACUGCCAGCCCUCCUCUGUUUCUGCCUCUGGCUGUGUGCGAGAGAGCAGAGCCAUGUGCCUGAAGGCUUAUACCGGACUCAUAGGGACCAUAAUGACUCCAAACUACGUGAGUAACAGCAGCACAGAGGUGUCCCAGUGGUGCACGUGUGACGGCAGUGGGAACGAAUGGCAGGGCUGUCAGCGCAUCCUGCACAUGUUCAACAAUAACAUCUGUCUACGCAAUGCCAUCAGCUCCAUGGGGGUCUCCGCCCCUCCUCCAGUGGAUCACACUCCGGAGCCGGUUUCCCAGCCCUCCCCGCACGAUCACCAGGAGCGGGUCCACGUCAGCGCCAACACGCUCCCGGAAUUCAACAGUAUGGAGGACAGUGAGGAAGAGGCACAAGAAGUUGAAGCAAACGAGGAAUUCAACGUCAUGCCGCCGUACUCCGAGAAGGACUCCAAGUCUGAGUCGGGUGCCAGAGGAAGUCAGCUAGGAAAAGCUGGCCAAGCAGGACUUUCAUUGCCAUUACUGCUGCUGCCAACUCUCAUCCUGGGCUGGGAGCGUUGGAACCACUGAAGCUCCAAUCUUAUUGUCAGCUUACAUUUUACAAUCGCUGCCGUCGUCGAAUCCAUUGCAGCACUCGCAGUGAACCGCGGAGGACAGACACGGAGAAGAAAAGUACAUUCUCAUAAUAUUUGUUUUUCUUCUCUAACAGUUUUUUUAAUAUCCCAACUUUAUUAUUGUUUUUUUUUUCUUCCUGAGGCAUCUUGAGAUUUACAAGAUACAAGCCAUCCUUUAAUGUGUUAGCUGAAGUCACCCUCCCUGAAAGGAAGAAAGAGAACAACAUGACCAGAUAGGAGUGCAUGUACUGAAAAGUGCUGCUUGGGCAAAUGCUUUAUCUCGAGCCUUCUUCGAAGUACAAAGUACUGUUCUUUUAACGAGAAGCAUAUCGCCCAAGGCUACAUACACCAUACAUGCUCUCAAAAAACCACAUUCGCUCUGCUGCAGCUAGACUGAAGCCCAGCUUGUGAUUUCUAUUUCAUGACUCAUGUCACAUCCGUCCCUCUGCUGUUCCCUUUUCCUUUCCCAUCCAUCACGCUGCUGUUUGGUAAAAUAACCCCCUUUACCACCAACUAAUAUAAAAGGAAAGCCACAUUUAAACCGCUUUAUAAAAAUAAAAAGGAACUCUAAAAUUUUCCUCGGUCUAGAGACAAGGAUACAAGUCAAACUAAUGUGCUGUGUUCUUUUUAAAUGUUUUUUCUGACUUUGUGCACCCAAAAAUAGCAGAUUCACCUUUUUUGUUAACACCACUUAGUAUUAUUCCUUCUACGCUGCGUGGCUGAGAACUCAACCACGGGCAAAAGUAAUGAGAUCAGAUUCCAUUGUUGAAAACGGCGUGGAGAGGAAAGCAACAUAAGCAAUUACAGCACAAUUCAAAUUGCUUGCAUGCAGGGGGAAGUCUGGAGCAAUGCUCACGGGAGAAAAAAGCCAAUUUACUGCUGUCAUAGCCUCUCACUUUUUAUCCUUAGGAGAUCUGUUUUUAGUGCUCCUUUCCUCGACAUGUACUUCAGAUAUUUUGAGUGCAAAUUGAAGCGAUAGGGAUGGACACACGAGGCUGUAAAGCCUACUGGCUGCUAUGAUCAUUGAGCAGCACAUUUAGCCAUUCUCUCUGCCUGAAAUAUCUUUUGCUGAUGUUAAUGGCUUUUUCCUCUGAUGCCUCAUUUUCCUGUGAAAUUAAGGAGCUGCAAGGAUGGAGGUAAAGAAAAGUACAGUCAAGUUUUCCUGGAGGGACAAACUUGUCUAGUCUGAUGAGGAGUUCGUGGGAAAUAAUCAGUCAGAGCUCUGGAAGUAUUUUUUGAAAUUGCUUCAUCUUGUGGAUUAAUUGUGGCUUCAGAUUUGUAUUUUCGAAGUCUUUGUAUGCAAUGCCAUGGUUGAAUAGAAAAGUUUCUCUGAGGCUGUUUGAGGCAUUUUAGGUGUCUCUGCUGGAUUUGUUUACAUGGUGGUUUAUUAACAUGAAGGCUGGCCGCUGGAGUUUGUGUGCAAAGGAAUGAAGGCACAAACACACUGGAUGUGUUCCCUGCCACUCUGAGUCCAGAUCUACUGUACUUUUGAUUUUCUGGACUUCGAUGUUAAACUUUAAUUGGAUGUUGUGUGGUCAGUAGACGUUCAGUGACUGUUGCUUGCUUUAAGGCAAUGUGACAUCAUGCUGUUCUUUUUUCAACCGUCUUCAUUGAGAACGCUUUGAGGUGUUUGAGACUAUGGUCAGUUUGCCUGACUUCAGGCUUAGUGGAUGAAACAUGCUUGGAUACAAUAGUCAAACUGGACAACAAGCUAAUAUUGCAUUAACUUGACCUCAAAAAUGACAAAGCAAACAUGCUAAAAGUACAUCCUCCAUCAUGAGCUCAUAGCAUCAUCUGUCAUCUUUGACCAAGAACUAACAUUUGCAACUAUCCAAACAGGUGAUCUCACGGCUCCAAUAAAAGUGUGCAUGGUAUUAGCUCAGUCAGUCUAAACCUUCAGCAGUUCCCCAGCCACAGCAGCAUUUGUCUGAUGUGUUUAUAUUCAAACAGGAGUGUCAACUGGACUAUAACACAGUCAGAUGCUCUUUGUUAUCAUUAAUUAAACCUAAUCUGUAGACUGGGCUGUUUAAAAGCUACUGGUCAAGACACUUCUUAUUUUUCCUGGCCAAUCAUGUUAAAUGGCCUCAUGAAAGGUGUGGUUCACUCAUUUAUUCAACACAUUUGCAGUGUUCUCUAGUGUAAAUCAAUGCCUUAUGAGUCAUUAAAAAACAAGCCCCUGUUCUUAGAUGCACCUUGGUUGUGAUUGGCUAACAGAAUGCCUUCAGCCAUGUUGCAAAGUCACCAUCACCACUCCCCCCCCCCCUCUCUCUCUCUCUCUCUCUCUCUCUCCCUCUCCUCACAACAAAAUUAAUUAAAAAAUAGAAACAAGCCUUCCUCUGGGCAGGUGCAAGUCUAGAAAGGCGAGGCCAUGAAUGCAAAUCCACAGUGUGACGUAGAUCUGUCAGGAUUUUCUAAUCCUAGAGUUUCACUGUCUAUUUUCUAACAGAGGCUAAAGCAGGAGAUAGGUGUAGGAGACGAUUUUCAUGUUCAGCCUGCAUGAAAAGCUCAGACUGACCGAUUAUAGUCAGAACUAACAAUUAAAGCUGUUUUUUUUUUCAGUCAACCACACCCUUGAACUGUGAUGAAAUUCUAAAAUGAUGCGUCAGAGAACAUUUUACUCUGCUGCAAAGAGACCAGACGAAGAAGCAAUCCCAAGCUUCCACUUGUGCAAUAUUCCAGAAAGACAUCCCAUUUGAAAAACACAAGCACAUUUAGCCGUUUAAUCUGUAAUCUGGUUCAAAGUUAUAGGAACAAAGCUUAUAUCAUAUGCAUACCUGCAUUUUUAAUGGAGUUGUGUGAUAUCACUGCAACCUGACUGAAUGAUUAGAAAGUUAGCCUUGGGGCUAAAAAUAUUACAGGUCGAGGUCUAAAACUAAUCUGGUGAUUAGAGAUGGAGCGAUGUGAUGGCGUGUUCCGGCCUCAAUGAUUCAACAUGAGUUUACUUUUUUUUUCACAUCUCAGAAGGUUUGUUUAUAUUUGUAAACUAUGUAAAGUUGAUGUUUGUGAUAGACAUGGGUUUCAUUCUCCAUGCGUAAAUCUAAAUCUUGUAAAUAUUUCCCAGGUUAGGCCAUCUGUAGUUUGUACCCUGAAGGUGGUGAGACUCUGUACAGUACUAUUUCACAUGUGACCUCACUUGUAAAAACACCAAACGUGACAAAAGAUUCUGACUUUAACAUGUAAUGACUGUGUAAGAUUGUGCCAUAGCAAAAAGUACGACAGUUUGUUCAAGGAAUAAAAGUCUCAUUGGAAAUGUUA